UGUGGGCAGUGAGGCUGUGCGUACCGGGGCUGGCGGAAGCGUUUUCUUGCACUGUUAUGACCCUGUUCGGCUUCCGUCCCUAAGGUCUGAAUGGUGCCCGGGAAAAGCCGAAAUUGGCAACUACGAAUCGCCGGGUUCCCUCCUCCUCUCUCGCCCGUUUCUGACGAAGAAAAGCCGCGACGGCACACGAAGGGGCCUGAGGCUCCUGACUGGAAGGAUGUGUUCCCUAGCGCUCUUUCCACCCCCACCAGCUCCUGGAGAUGUCACCCUUUAUGAAUAUAAUAAUGCCUUAGUUUCUGAACUCAGCUAUGAAAAUCUUCCUCUUCCUUUCCAGGGACAGCUGGAGAAUCUGCCAGUCCCGACCCUUCCCAAAGAAUCCCUGAAAUCUCACAGCCGUUUGGAACACAGCACCAAGCCUGCCUUUAUUCAUCACCGUGAGUCCCUUUGGAAGAGGUGCAUUAAUGCUUGGCGUAACAUUGGGGUGUCUGGAGUACUUGAAGAGCUUGCAAAUGUAGAGGAAGAAAGUGACUUGGACGAAGAGACAAAUGGGGAGUCAUGGAUGGAUUCUGCAAAGGAGCUAGUCCUUCGUUGGAUGAAAACUGGCUCCCGUUGUACAUUAACACUCUUUGGCUGGUUUUCCUCCCCCCAUGGCUCCUUUUUUCCUCAUUUAUCGCUAAAGAAGGAAGACAUGAUAGCAAAAUUCUCUCAGGCUAUGGACUGGGCAGGCUGCCCAAUCCGAGCCUUUGCAUGGCACCCCCACACCAGCAAGUUUGCAGUGGCCCUGUUGAAUGACAACAUUCAUGUUUACAAUGCAAAUAGUGCCACAGUGCCAACCUUGAAACAUCGCUUGCAAAGGAACGUGGCAUCAAUGGCAUGGAAGCCACUGUGUGCAUCUAUCCUUGCUGUGGCGUGCGAGAGCUGUGUGCUGAUUUGGCAUCUUGAUCCCACUUCUCUUUCUACCAGGCCUUCUUCUGGCUGUGCUCAGGUCCUUAGCCACCAUGGUCAUAGUCCCGUUACCAGUUUGGCUUGGGCACCCAGUGGAGGAUUGCUCCUUUCAGCUUCACCUGUUGAUACUGCCAUGCUUGUGUGGGAUGUAUCUACAGAAAACUGUAUCCAGUUGCAGUGGUUUGGCGGUGGUGGGGUCACUUACCUUGCUUGGUCUCCUGAUGGCAGCAAGGUUCUGGCAGCAACACCUUCAGCUGUCUUUAGAGUGUGGGAAGUUCAAAUGUGGACUUGUGAAAAGUGGCCAACCAUCAAAGGCCCCUGUCGGACUGGCUGCUGGAGUCCGGAUGGCAGUCGUUUACUCUUCACAGUCGAAGGUGAAUCAGUGAUAUAUACCUUGUCUUUCUUGGAAUAUAGUGGUGAACAGAAAGUACAGGUUGGUGGGUCAAAAACGGCAUCCAUUGUGGCAGACCUUUCAGAGACCACCUUCGAGACUCUCUAUGGGGAGGAGAGGAUCGGAGGGGAAGUGCACUCUAUGGUUUGGGAUCCCAGUGGCGAGAGACUUGCAGUUAUCAUCAAAGGGAGUCGUGAUUCUCUCAACAACCGGAGCAUCAUUGCAGUAUUUCGCACCCGCAACAGCCCUGUUUUUGAACUCUUGCCCUGUGGCUUCUUGCAGGGUGAAGAUGGGGCACAUCCACAGCUAAUGGCUUUCCACCCUUGUUUUAAGAGAGGAGCUCUGCUGACAGUGUGUUGGUCAACUGGAAAGAUCAGCCAUAUUCCCUUCUUCUUUGUGACUGCCCAGUUUCCAUCAUUUACAUCUGAGCAAAGUCCCCUUGUUACCUUGGGCAGUAGAAGCAGCGCCCGGGAGCAGCCCUUGUUUUCAGAGCUGUGAAGGUCCAGCCUCUGACUGUCUUUUUUUGCUCAAGAAAGUGGGAGAUCUUUGAAGAGUGAUGACUUUUUGGGAUGGACCUUUCUUCAGAGCACUGUGACUACAAACGCAUUGCCUGGUGGGUGCCUACUGCCACCUAUUGAUAGUUACUUUCUUGCACCCGAAGAAUGCCUGCCCACCUGUUUGAAAGAGACAACUUUGUUUGAAGCAGAAACCGAAAUCCGAAUUAUGAACAAUCUUAGUCCUAUCCCUACAGGCUGCUUUUUUCCACUUGUGGACACUUUGAGUGCUCUUAUGUAUUUGGAAUUUGGAUGUAUCAUUUGUUUAGAAAUUAUUUCCAAGUAAAAUUCUGUUGCUAA